AUGUCGAAAGCCGGAAAGUACGUUCGGGCUCCAGCCUACGAAAACGAAGAGGAAUGUGAGAUGGAAGUCCCUAUUCCAGGGAAAUAUGUUCUAUUAAACCAGCCGGAAGUAGUUGAUGCGGUGGGCAUCAAUGAUGCUGAUGUUCUUGACGAAGACCCUUACGCCAUUUACAACGAAGUAGUUGAUCCGGAACAGGAAUCUCGGGAGCUUCAACAAAGGGUGCGGGAUCUCGAAAGGACUAUUGCCGAAAUAACAGGUUCAAAAUCGUCUAAUGUCGAACACAAUAAAACUUCUGGAUCGACACCGGACCAAGUUACCAGCUCCACGAUACCACCUGCGUCUACUUUGGUUGCAGCAAACGUAUUGCCUUACGAUAGCAGUGCUCCAAGUAUCAGGUGGGAUAAUAUAAAAUCUUUUCCAAGUGGUGUGCCUGCCAAUAAAAUGUGGGAAGCUUGGACAAAAUAUUUCGAGAAUUUCGAAAUCGCGGCGUCAUUGUCCAACGCUUAUGACCCUGUAAAGCGAUCCCAACUUUUAUAUCUAUCCAUCGGAGAUGAGCUUCAAGGAAUUGUCCGUGCGGCGAAAUUACGUCCUACUUCAAGUGCACCCGAUUGCUACACAGUUAUUGUCAACAAUAUUGAGGGGUAUUUGAAAGGCUUGACUGAUACUGCUGCCGAGCACGACAUGUUCUCUUCAAUGCAACAGGAAAAAGGAGAAUCCGUCAUCAACUUCCAUUCCAGGUUGAGGGAAAAAGUAUGGCUCUGCGGGUACAGUCCAUCCGAUCAGGAUCGAUUUGUCCGGACACAACUCCUAAAAGGACUCAGGAAUCGUGAGCUUGCCAAGGCAGCAAGGACAUAUGGGCAUGAAACGGAUUUCAUCGUACAAUCUGCAACACGGGACGAAGCGAUGCUGCCAGAGCCUUCACUGGGUGUUGAUUCAACGUCCAUAAUGGCUGUUUCUCGUGCUGCUUCCCGUGACACUGGGACGAUGCGAAAGCGAUACAACACAUUCGAGCGAAAUGACGGGUUCAAGCCAAAACGAAUCCGGACCGAUUUUAAGCCAUCGUUGCAGCGAGAUGGGAGAUGCUCCAGGUGUAAUCGGGCAAUCCAUGUCGGCCGACGGUGCCCUGCACUGGACAAGGAUUGUUACUCCUGUGGACGAAGCGGUCAUUAUGCUAAAACUUGCCGUCAAAACGCAUCAGUGUUGUGACAGACAGCCAACUCGAGUCUAACCAUCUGCAACCCAAAAUCUCAAAUUCUUCAGCUCAGGUUGAUGACCACAAAGUGCAGGUAAACAGAAAUUAAAAAUUUUAGUUAUCAAAAAUCAUUUUGCAAUUUAA